GUGAUGUGCUGUGUUGGGCGAUGUGUUGGGCUAUGUGCGGUGUCGGGCUACUUGUUGGGCUAUUUGUUGUGUUGUGACGGGCUGUGGGCGGGGCGGGAGCCCAGUGAUGGCGGCGGAGGAAGAGACGCUGGAAUCGUGGCUCAAUAAAGCCACAGAUCCCGUGAACGAGGAGGAGACAUGGGAAUUCAUCGAGGGAUUCUGUCAGCAGGUCAACAAGGAGCUGGAGGGCCCACAGAUCGCAACCCGGCUUCUGGGCCACAAAAUCCAGUCACCGCAGGAGAGGGAGGCCAUGCACGCCUUGACCGUGCUGGAGAUGUGCAUGAACAACUGCGGCAGAAGGUUCCAGAACGAAGCUGGGAAGUUCCGAUUCCUGAAUGACUUGAUUAAAGUUUUAUCACCGAAGUACCUGGGGACGUGGAGCUCUGAGAAAGUGAAGAGCAAAAUAAUUGAGGUGCUGUAUAGCUGGACUGUGUGGCUGCCCGACGAGGUGAAGGUCAGAAAUGCCUAUCAGAUGCUGAAGAAGCAAGGGAUCAUUAAACAGGAUCCGAAGUUACCAGAUAAUAAAACGCUGCCUCCACCUCCUCCCCGAGAGGAAAGCUCGCUCUUUGACGACGAGGAAAAAUCGAAGCUGCUGGCGAGGCUUCUGAAGAGCAGCCACCCCGAGGAUCUGCAGGCAGCCAACCGGCUCAUCAAGAACGUCAUCAAAGAGGAACAGGAAAAGACGGAGAAAGUUACCAAGCGUGUUCAUGCCAUCGAGGAAGUGAACAACACCACUCGGCUGCUAAAUGACAUGCUGACACUGUACAGUGGCCACUCCCUGCCAGAGAGCGAGCACGAGGUCAUGACGGCUCUGUACCAGCGCUGUGAGAAGCUCAGGCCCACGCUAUUCCGGUUUGCGAGCGACACGGGGGAGAACGACGACGCUCUGGUGGAGAUCCUCCAGGCCAACGAUGCCCUGACGCUGGCCAUCAACUCCUACAAGAAACUGGUGGUCGCUCACGAGAGGAACGGGCACAGAGAGAGCACAGCCACCAAAGAGCCCAGCUCGGGGCAGGCCGCCCUCUCCCAGCUCGAGGCCGAGUUUCUCACUGGGAAGUGGCCGUGUGGAGGGCCGGGGCCUGAGCGGGUGCCAGCGGGGGAGCUCCCCUCACUGCUGGACGAGGAACUCAUGUUAUUGGGGCUGAACGAGCCGCCCCUGCCCAUCCCAAGGCAGGCUCUGGGGGCUCCAGGCACUGAGAGGGACAGCGUUCAGGACACACCACAUGUGGCAGCCGUGCCCGCCUCCAUGCCCGCGAGUUGCAGUCGGGGGCUGAACGCAUUGGACGCUCUGGGACAGUCGCUGAUGCAGGAAUCCCUCGGCCCCCGAGCUCAACCUGUCCGGUGGGAGGUCUCACAGCCGAAGCUGUCGCUACGAGUGCUGCAGUCUUUGGCUCAGGGGGCUGGAGCUGGGGUGGGGGUGGACAGUGUGCCUGGGGCAGGGCCCCCUCCCCCCAUAGCGCUGACCCAAGGGUUUGGCUUCUCACCCACACACUCCCCGGGGAGCCCACCCCGGCCCGGCCCCACAGACACCUCCUUCCACAACCUGUUUGUGUCUUUGGAAACCAUCAAACCCAGCAGUGUUGUGCCUGUCACCGUCUUUGACCAGCAUGGUUUCCGGGUUCUGUUCCACUUUGCCGGCUCGGGUCCCCUCGGCCGUCCUGAUGUCCUGGUGAUCGUCAUCUCGAUGCUCAGCACCUCCCCCUUGCCCAUCAGCAACAUCCACUUCCAGGCCGCCGUACCCAAGGUGAUGAAAGUGAAACUACAGCCAGCCUCGGGGACACAGCUUCCUGCCUUCAACCCCGUACUGCCCCCGCCCAUCAUCUCCCAGGUCAUGCUCCUCGCUAACCCCCCCAAGGAGAAGGUCCGCUUACGCUACAAGCUGAUGUUCACGCUGGGCGAGCUGCCCGUCACCGAGGUGGGCGAGGUGGCAGACAUUCCAGCAACUGCCUCCUGGGGCUCUCUCUGACCGGCCGGUACGGCAUGGCACAGCUCCUGCCAGUGGGUACGGCACAGCCUCCACAUGGCACAGGGGCUGCCUCAGCUCUCUCUUCUUGCGCGGUGGGCAUUGCAGUACAUUGUAUGCGGGAUUGAGAGGGGGACUGAUUGGAUGCUGGUCAGGGUUACAAUGGAUGGUAGGGAGGAAGUGGGUAGGUGGUAUCUGACUUAUCUUGUGGAAACCCGUAGCUCAGUAGUGCUUGCCUCAUAAGUGAGAGGACCCAGGUUUGAUUCCCAGGCGAGAUGAAACCAUA